AUGACCGUACCAACAGACGAGACGCAGCCCCUGCUGCGGAGCGUCACCAAUGAAGGACAUCAAGUCUACACCGAGCCGGUAGUCGAAGUCAUCCCCGACCCAGAACUCAGCGGAGCAGCUGCCACAGCCACCGGCGGUCUUCUCACCACGGGCCAAACAACCAUUGUCGAUUUCGACCCCGCCGGCGACCCAGAGAACCCAAUUGACUGGCCGGCGCCGUUCAAAUGGGCCGUCGUGGGCAUGCUAGCUCUCAUGGCGUUCACCGUCACGAUGACCUGCAUCUGCGUCGUCCCCCUAGCCAGCACCAUCGUCUCCGACCUCUCCCCCCCGGACACCGCCCCCUCCAAAUCCGCCUCCGUCCUCCUCGUAACCAUCUGGGAACUAGGCGAAGCCGCCGGCCCCCUCCUCAUCGCGCCCCUCUCCGAAAUGCUCGGCCGCUACCCGGUCCUCAACGCCGCCAACCUCGUCUUCAUCCUCGCCGGUAUCCUCGCAGCCACCAGCUCAACCGUCCCGCAGUUCGUCACGGCGCGGAUGUUGAAUGGGUUAGCGGUGGCUGUGAAUGUGCUCAACCCGGCGGUGGUGGGGGAUAUGUUUGCGCGGGAGGAGCGGGGCGCAGCGUUGAGUUUGUUGUUUUUGGCGCCGUUAGUGGGGGGUGCUUUUGGGCCGAUGAUUGGGAGUGCGGUGGCGGAACGGUGUGGGUGGAGGACGGUGGUGUGGAUGGCCGUGGGGUUGGCGUCGGUUUGUGAGGGGUUGUUUUUGGUUGGGUUUCGGGAGACGUAUAAGGUUGCUAUUUUGAGGAAGAGGGUCAGGAAGUUGAUGGCGGGUGAAGCGCGUGAGGAUGGCAAGGGGAGGGUAUACAAGACGGCGUUUGAUGAGGCCGAGGAGAGUCAGUUGGGUGCAUCGGCAGCGGCGCUUGGAGGAGGUGGUGUGUCGGAGUGGAGGAAGUUGAGGGAUGCCGUGAUGCGGCCGGUGAUUGUGUUGUGGGGGAGUGGCGUGUUGAUGGCGAUGAGCUUGUUCAGCUCGGUGGUAUUUACCUUUUUCUACAUCUACAGCACGACCAUCUCGGACAUUCUCAUCGAUCUGUACCAGCUUUCUCCGGUCGCAGCGGGGUCAUGCUUUACCGUUUUCUCCGUCGGCUCAACAAUCUCAGUCGUCAUCUGCAACCGCACGCUCGACCGCAUCUACAUGCGCAUGCGCUUCCUCCACAAAGGCAUCGGCAAACCCGAGUUCCGCCUCCCCCUCUCCAUCAUCGGCGCCCUCUGCCUGCCCCUCACCGUCGCGUCCUACGGCUGGGCCGCCCAACUCCGCCUCCCCCUCUUGGUGUUACUCUUCUCCGUCUGCGCCAUGGGCACCUCCCUGAUGCUGGCCAUGAUCCCCGUUAUGGCGUAUGUGGUGGACGCGUUUGGGUUGUUUUCAGCUUCGGCUAUGACGGGGAUCAUUGUGACGCGGUGUUUGAUGAGUACCUUUUUGCCGUUGGCUACGGCGCCGUUGGUGGAGAGGUUGGGGUUUGGGUGGGGGUUUAUGGUGUUGGCUGGGUUGAGUUUGGUGUUGGCGCCCAUUCCGAUGUUGAUGUUUCGGUAUGGGGAGGUUUGGAGGAGGAAAUCCAAGUAUAGCCGGGAGGCGUGA